AUGUCUCUGCUGUCCCGUGUAAUCUGCACACAAGGGGGGGAGGCAAAUCUCUUCAAAAGCAUCUGGAGCUUUAGUGAUUUCUUGUGUUCUGGUUUUUCCCCAAAGAUCCAAGCCAAGAAGAAACCCACUCCAGUGAAGUAUGAAGUUGGGGAUCUUGUUUGGGCCAAGUUCAACAGACGCCCAUGGUGGCCAUGCACAAUUUGUCAUGACCCAGUGCUGGACUGUCACUCAAAAAUGAAAGUUUCCAAUCAGAGACCAUACCGAGAGUACUAUGUGGAUGCCUUAGGAGAACCUUCAGAGAAAGCCUGGGUUGCUGGGAAAGCUGUUGUCCUCUUUGAAGGGAGACAUCAGUUUGAAGAGCUGCCUGUUCUCCGGAAAAGAGGAAAGCAAAAGGAAAAAGGCUACAAACAUAAGGUUCCUCAGAGAUUAAGGGCUAAGUGGGAAGUCAGUGUUGGACAGGCGGAAGACAUUCUUCUUGGGGGGCCAGAGGAUCAGAAGUGCAGCCAGACCUCCAGCGAGCCGGACAGUGAGAAGGACGUGGAGUUGGAAUACUACACCAAUGGCCCUAGAGCAGAAAGGGACACGCAGCUGAACGGCUGCUUUAAAUCCUUGGCCUUUGACUCCAGACACGUGGCCAGUGAAAAAGGAAAAUUGCUCAUCAAGCCACACGUGAAAACAACCUCUGAAAGUAGAAAAAGGACUAGAGUAAAAAAGAGUGGCACAAGAGGGGAAGCAUCGAGGGAAGAAAUCAAAGACAAAACACCAGAGAGCGUAGUUAGAAACAUGAUUGUUGGGGACCUACCAGAGAAACACGCGUCUCAUGAGCUUCGCCGGAUUGCCAACAGCCUGACAGCAUCCAGUAGCAGCAGGGAAAACCAUUUGCUUUCCUCCUUUGGAGAAAGACGUUUUGAAAAGACACCUUUAAAACCAGACUGUGAGAAUCGUAAAAGUGAUGCUCUGAAAAACACCCUCCAAGGGGAUUUGUUUUCCAGCCCAUCUUUUGAGAGAGAGAAGAGCUCUCUGGGCAUUUUGUGCAGUUCCAAGUUACAGAUACACUAUUCUGCAUCUGAUGCUGGUGUUGAGAAAAAACUAACUGAAUCAGAUUCAUCCUCUUCCCUCUCUGAUGGUGGGAACAGUGAUGUAGAUACCAUGGACCAAAGUUCAGAAAGAGCCUCUAGUGUUCUUGAAGUUAGUGAUUCUUCAGAUAAAGUGGAGAAGGACUUUCCUAUGACAUCAAGUGGAAACAUUAAACUUUCCAUGUAUCUUUCUCAGAAGAGCAGCAGAAGGGCCAGGAAGAAGUCGCACAGAGAUCGCAAACCUCUGGGAGGUUCAGUAACCAACAGAUUCGAUGCUGAAUUUGCAGAUGGGGAGCUUGAAGUAGGUUUCUCUGAUGCUGAGAUGUCAUUGACACCUCUUGAGUGCUCUUCGGAUGUGAGAAAUGACAAUCUUCCCCUUGCAAACAAGCACACUACCCCCCAAAGUGUUUCCAAGGACAGCUCCUGGCCUGCUGUUACAAAUCAAGCAAUCUUGAAAUCGAAAAGCGUGAAAUUACCCCGAAUCAGGAGUAUAAAAUGUAAACAUAAAGAAAAGGUUGCUGGUUUGGAGCCUUCUCUUGCAGAAGAGGAGGGUGGCAUGAAUCGCUGCUCUUCAGAUACCAAAGGUUUCUCUGGCCUUCCGAGAGAUUCUCUUCAGAGAAGUGGAAAAGUUGAUGGUCAGAAACUGUUAAACAACAUGCAUGAGAAACCCAGGGAUUCUACUGAAAUCGAAACAGCUGUGGUGAAGCACGUUCUGUCAGAGCUGAAGGAACUGUCGUAUCGGUCCAUGAACGAUGAUGCCAGUGACUCUGGCACUGCAAAGGCCACAGUACCUUCGCUUUUCGCUUCUGCCCCUGGUCAUGGUCGUUUGCCUAUUGAACCAGAUUACAAAUUCAGCACCUUGUUAAUGAUGUUGAAGGAUAUGCAUGACAGUAAGACAAAAGAGCAGCAACUGAUGACUGGUCAAAAUAUAGUCCCAUUUCGAAAUAGCAGCACAGGUGAUGGUUCUGGAAGCAAUUCUGCAAGUGGUCUCAAGUCUUUGUCUAUUGUAGGUCCCCCAUAUAAAAUAGAAAAAAAUGGAGAUUGUGCCCAGGAAACAGUAACUCCAAACUCCGCUAUAAGCAGCUCCUCAUUUUCACGCAAUCCUCCAACCAAGUUGACAGGGAUUGGUACUGGUAAAAGGGAGCCUGCGAGUGCCGCUGUUUCUGGGGCAAAUGGCACAAAUUGCAUGUCCAAACGCAACUGUUCAAAAUCUAAGCAGUCAUCAAAGCUUGGAGAUAAAACAGUUUCAAACAGAAAGGACUUAAAACCAGGAGGGCCAAGUAAGUUACUAAGUCGGUUACCCAGAGAUUCAGGAGAACAUGCAUUCCGUGGGCACGGUUCGGUUACCAGUCCUCUAGGGAAUGAGGCAGAAGAUACUGAGAGGAAAGAGUGUAUUGAUUUAACAGAGCAUUCAACUGAUGAAGACUCUGCCUGUUUAUCUGAUGACAAUUUAGGUCGUGUUGGAAGGAGACCUGAAGCUGGUAGAAAUAAUGAGAGCUGCAAUUCUGCUGCAAAUGGGGAGAGUCCAGACUUGGAUUCAGAGGCAAAUAGUGAGAGCUCUCUUGGUGAUGAGUCUAAUGAUAUAAAUCACGUAGCACCCAAAAAGCGAUGGCAGCGUUUUAACCAAAGCAGUGCUAGAUCUAAUAAGCACAUCAGUAGAUCUAGGGAACAAGGAAACUUGGAGAGUGCCUUUGGCCUGAAUUCUCGUGGCUUUUCACUGAAGGGAAAUGAGUGCUUGGGACGUAGGCAUUCCCCUCAUUCAAAGGUGCUUGAGGGAGACCUGGCAGUUCAGGACUUUGAGAAUCGUUUAGACUUAGUUGAUAAACGUUUGAAUGUAUGUGGUAAGCCAAACACCAGUGUGAUGGACUCAGAGACAGAGCUUGGCAACUUUGCUCCCCAGUCUGAAUUCUCUGCACAAGCACAUUCAGAGAGGAAGCGCCUUAGAAAGCCGAGUAAACGGCUUCUGGAAUAUGCAGAAGAAUAUGAUCACUUGUUUGCACCCAAGAAAAAAUCAAAGAAGGGCCAGGAGCAAAAGGUGAAUUCUGUGACGAGGUCUGAAUUUGAAGGAGGCGUUCCCGCACAAUGCAGUCCUGACAGAGAUACCCAGCGGGGGCCAAGUUCUUUGGUUUCAACUCCAUCUUCAACCAAAGAGUCCCCUCCUGUCCUUGAAGCAGAGUCGUUCUCAGAACUAGGAUCCCACUCCACUGAUCCCCCUAAUCAAGUUCCAGGAGGAUCUUCAGAUUUUCCAGAGGUGGUGGUUCUGUCUUCCUCGGAUGCUUCUGAAGUUUCUGCUUCUCCAGAUGCAGAAGAGGGAUUCCUGAAAUCAGGAAACUUCGAAAGCAAGCGUCAAAGGAAGCCCACUAAAAAGCUCUUGGAAUCAAAUGACUUGGAUACUGCCUUUAUGCCAAAGAAGGAGGAAUGGACUCCCCAAAAGAAGGGUACUGGCCCUUCAGAGAGUGACAGCUCUGAGCUCUACUCACCAGCCCACUUCCAGGAACUGGGAGAAGCUUCUGAAAAGCUCUUGGAGAAACAGCGGAAGCGGAAGAGACAGCGCCAUACCUCUGCUGCAGUCCAUUCCAAGAAGGAGAAAAAUGAGGAGGGGCUGGGGGAGACCCCACACUCUGAGGGGGAGACAUCCAUUCAUGGGACUGCUGCAAGCCCCAAAGAAGGUCAUGAGGAGGGGUCAGAAAAUGACCAUGGAGUGCCUUCGUCCAAAAAGAUACAGGGGGAGCGUGGAGGAGGAGCAGCCCUCAAGGAGAAUGUGUGUCAGAUCUGUGAGAAGCCAGGGGAGUUGUUGCUGUGUGAGGCGCAGUGCUGUGGUGCUUUCCACCUGCAGUGCCUUGGGCUCUCCGAGAUGCCAAAGGGCAAAUUCAUCUGCAAUGAGUGUUCCACAGGGGUCCACACCUGCUUUGUGUGCAAGAGCUGCGGGGAGGAUGUGAAGCGGUGCUUGCUGCCCCUCUGUGGGAAGUAUUACCACGAAGCCUGCAUACAGAAAUACCCACCCACAGUCAUGCAGAACAAGGGCUUCCGCUGCUCCCUGCACAUCUGCAUGACCUGCCAUGCUGCUAACCCAGCAAACAUCUCCGCCUCUAAAGGUCGCCUGAUGCGCUGUGUGCGGUGUCCGGUCGCGUAUCACUCCAACGACUUCUGCCUCGCCGCCGGCUCCGUGGUCCUGGCCUCCAACAGCAUCAUCUGCCCCAACCACUUCACUGCGCGCAGGGGCUGCCGCAACCACGAGCACGUCAACGUCAGCUGGUGCUUUGUCUGCUCAGAAGGGGGCAGCCUUCUAUGCUGCGAGUCGUGCCCGGCUGCGUUUCACCGUGAGUGUCUAAACAUUGAGAUGCCAGAGGGAAGCUGGUAUUGUAAUGAUUGCAAGGCAGGCAAAAAGCCACACUACAAAGAAGUAGUCUGGGUGAAAGUUGGGCGCUACAGGUGGUGGCCAGCUGAGAUUUGCCAUCCUAGGACAAUUCCUGUCAACAUCCAAAAAAUGAAACAUGACAUCGGUGAGUUCCCUGUGCUGUUCUUUGGCUCCAAGGACUACCUGUGGACCCACCAGGCUCGUGUGUUCCCUUACAUGGAAGGUGAUGUCAGCAGCAAAGACAAGAUGGGGAAGGGCGUGGAUGGCAUAUACAAAAAAGCUCUUCAGGAAGCUGCUGUGAGAUUUGAAGAGUUGAAGGCACAGAAAGAACUGAGACAACUUCAGGAAGACAAAAAGAAUGACAAGAAACCUCCUCCCUACAAACACAUCAAGGUGAAUCGGCCGGUGGGGAAGGUGCAGAUCUUCACUGCAGACCUGUCCGAGAUACCGCGCUGCAACUGCAAACCCACGGACGAGAACCCCUGCGGCCUGGACUCGGAGUGCAUCAACCGCAUGUUGCUGUACGAGUGCCACCCCAUGGUGUGUCCUGCUGGUGAGCGCUGCCAGAACCAGUGCUUCUCCAAGCGCCAGUACCCCGAGGUACAGAUCUUCCGCACGCUGGCACGAGGCUGGGGCUUGCAGGCCAAAACAGACAUCAGGAAGGGUGAAUUUGUUAAUGAGUAUGUUGGGGAGCUAAUUGACGAAGAGGAGUGCCGAGCCCGAAUCCGCUACGCUCAGGAGCACGACAUUACCAAUUUCUACAUGUUAACACUGGAUAAGGAUCGAAUCAUUGAUGCUGGGCCAAAGGGCAACUAUGCUCGGUUCAUGAACCAUUGCUGCCAGCCCAACUGUGAGACUCAGAAAUGGUGUGUGAAUGGUGACACUCGAGUCGGGCUCUUCGCACUUGUAAAUAUCAAAGCUGGGACUGAGCUGACUUUCAACUACAAUCUGGAGUGUUUGGGAAAUGGAAAGACCGUUUGUAAGUGUGGUGCCCCAAACUGCAGUGGCUUCCUAGGAGUAAGGCCAAAGAGCCAGCCCAGCCUCAGCGAGGAGAAGUCCAAGAAGCUCAAGAGGCGGCCGCAGAUGAAGCGCAGGUCGCAGGCGGAGGUGAUGAAGGAGCGGGAGGAUGAGUGUUUCAGCUGCGGGGACGGAGGGCAGCUGGUCUCUUGCAAGAAGUCAGGCUGCCCCAAGGUGUACCACGCUGACUGCCUCAACCUCACCAAGAGACCUGCAGGAAAGUGGGAGUGCCCAUGGCAUCAGUGUGAUGUGUGUGGUAAAGAAGCAGCUUCGUUCUGCGAGAUGUGUCCCAGGUCCUUCUGCAAGCAGCACCGGGAAGGAAUGCUCUUCAUCUCCAAGCUGGAUGGACGAUUAUGCUGUACGGAGCAUGAUCCCUGUGGACCUCACCCUCUAGAGCCAGGAGAAAUUCGUGAGUAUGCGCCUCCCAUAGAAGGCCUGACUAAUGGCGAGGACACUCAGCCACCAGAGCAGCUGCCUGCAGAAACAGAGGCAGACACAGACCUGAGUGUUCAGCCCCUGGACAGCCUACCUCAGUCUGUGGCCCUCAGACUGCAGUCACCAGAAAAGCCCCCUGCUACCCUAGCGCUGAGGCUGCCUUCUUCAGACAAGCCCCCCACCACCCUUGCCCUGAGGUUGCAGCCAUCAAACAAGCCCCCCACAACCCUGGCCCUCAGGCUACCAUCACCAGACAAACCACCUGCCACCCUGGCUCUGAGACUGCCACAGUCAAAUAAACCCCCCGCCACCUUGUCACUGAGGCUGAAGCCAUCCAACAAACCCUCCACCACCCUCUCACUCCGGCUUCAGCCUUCGGACAAACCUCCCACCACCCUGUCGCUUCGCCUGCAGCCAUCAGACAAGCCCCAGGCUGCCCUGUCCCUAAGGCUGCAGUCAGAGAAGCAGCCUAUCAUUGUAGCACUGCGGCCUCAGCAGCCAGACAAACCUCCCAGCAACGCCGUGCUCUGGCCACUGGACGAGUCCUCCAGUGACGCCUCGCAGCCCCAGCUGCCGAGCAAAUCUCCUCCGGGAUCUCCGCAGUCCCCGUUGGAUGAGUCACUUGUUACUGCUGGUGACCUGCAGCUCCAGCUGUCAGAUGAGACUCCUGAUGCCCCCGAGGUUUUGGAGUUGUCGGACAAGUCCCUCAUUGAUAGCAGGGCCCAGCAGCCUGAGCUGCUGGAUGAGUUCCCUGUGAAAUGCCUGCAUCCUCCACUGUCUGACAGACUCCUCGCCACAGUGGGGAUGCUGCAGUCCCAGCCGGAGGAUGAGCCUCCUGAGGCUGAUCAGCUCCAGCUGUUGGACGACUCCUCUGCCCAGAGUCCACAGCCACAGGCUGUGGAAGAGGCUUCCAGCUCUGUGGUGCCACAGGUCCCAGCCUUGGAGAUGGCUUCCAGUCCUGAGGUGCUGUGGUCUGUUCCCACUGAAAAAGUCCCAGAUUCCCCAGUCUCACGGAUCUUGCCCUCAGAGAAGGCUCCUGGAUCAGCAGUACCACAAUCCCUGCCUCUAGAAAAGGCUUCCUUCUCUGGGGCAGUGCGGGUCCCCGACACAGAGAAGUCUCCCAGCUCUGGGUCACCUCGUCCCCUGCCUCCAGAGAAAGCUGCUGGUUCGGGUAUGCCUCAGAUCCUGCCCACAGAGAAGGCUCCCAGCUUAGGGUUGCCAUGGUCCCUGUCUCCGGAGAAGGCCCCUGGCUCCCGCUCACCACACGUCCUGCCCACAGAGAAGGGUCUCAGCUCAGGGGCCCUUCGGAUCCCGCUCACACAGAAGUCUCUUUCCCCCGGGGUGGUGCGGCCCCUUCCUCCAGAGAAGCCUGCUGACUCUGGGACCCUGCGGGCUCUUCCUUUGGAAAAGGCUCUCAGCUCCGGGGUGUCUCGGCCUCAACUCUUGGAGAGGCCCCUCACUCUUACAGCCCCAUGGCCUCAGGCAUCCGAUAAGCUGGCUGCUGCUGUGGCUCCUCGGCCUCAAGCCUUGGACAAGCCUCUAACUGCAUCAGCUCCGAGGCUGUUGCUGUCGGAGAAGGCACUGCGUCCUGUCGACCAGAACGCUCAGCUGAAGGAGAGAGGAGCCCCAGCCAUGGAGCUGAGUCCCCAGCAGAAAGAAAGGACCGUGUUAGCUGGGGAGCAAAUCUCUUGGUCUGCUGGGAAGGUGGUGACACACGUCGGACAAGUACCUUGGCCUUCGGAGAAACUGCAGACGCACGAGCAAAGCCACUGGUCCACCGCGAAAGCCCUGACGCCUGCGGAGCAGCCUUCCCGGACAGCAGAGAAACUACCAGAGCCAACCCUUCAGCCCAGCUGGGAAGUGGCCUCAGCCCCCUCGGAGCAGACCCCGUGGACAUCAGAGAGAUUGCGUGCAUUCGAGCAGACCCCUCGGCCAGCCAGGGAAGCACCGGUGCCCCCGGAGCAGGUGCAGUGGCUUGUCACGAACAUUCAGACAAUUGAUCAGAUUGCUUGGCUGGGUGGAAAAGCACAGACUCCUCGGGGGCAGGGCCCUUUGCCUGAGCAAAACACAGCGCUAGCCCGUAACCAGGAUUCUGUCUGUCGUGAGUUGGCUGACUCAGAGCCAAAGUGAGCACAGGACACGCGGAGUGUUUUCCUGCACUUGACAACGUAGUGACCCAUAAAGCAGCAAUAGCGGAGCAGAGCAGAGUGGGUUCCUGGAGGUGCUGAGCACUGCCCUGCCAGGGGGACAGUGCUCCCUUUCAAAUUUCCAUCCAGUCUCUUCUAGACCUCUGUUGUCAGCGUGAGCCAGCGGACUGAGCAGUCCUUUCUCCCUUUGCCUCAGAUGUGCUCAGAAUGUUCCCAUCGCGCCUGGUGUUGCCAGCAGCAAGCCAAGCCUGUCCCGCUCGCUGCACAGCGCAGAGGCAAGGGUGCCGUAGCUGGAUCGGGACCCAUCUCAACACCUUCCCCUUGUGUAGCUUCUGGCUUAACUCUUCUACAACCAAAGGAGACUUGAAUUAACUGGACUGUGUUGGUGUGCAUGUGUGCGCGCGUGUGCGUCCAUCCAACUGAAUUGUAGUUCUCACACUGGAACACGGUGGGCUCCAGCAGCUGGCUGGCUUUUUUUUCCUCUUCUCCCCUUUACAGUGAAGGCAAUAUUUAGUACCUGGUGGUCAUUGGGCUGGUGUCCAGACUAGGCCUGCUGAAAGCCGUUUACUCAAGCGUUGAGGCAGAAGUUGGCUUGGCUGUGGUGCUCGUGGGGCACACAGUAGAGUCCCAGGGACCUGCAGCAUCUUGUGACCAGCGGCACCCUUGCAGGCAGGAGAAGCACAGACCUCCUUCAAAGGAGGCCAGGUGGCACUGCCAGGCCUGGAUAGGGUUGGUGUCCUGCCGAGGAAACGCUGCUGACCAGCUUUUUCCCACUCUCACAACACAUUACCUCUGUAAUUACCUGAACUCCACCGAUCUGGGGCUGCAGCCUCAGAUCUCUGUGCCGCCGCCAGACCCUUGCGCAGCUCCAGUGUGUGUAUCCUUCUCCUUCAGGCAUAUCCACAGGCCCCUCCCAGGCAGGGAGAGUUCAGCCCCAUGCUGACCUCCUUCCUCCAACAUGGGAGCAGGUCCUUGUUCCCUCCUGGCUUGCAAAUGCCUGCUGCUCCCAGAGCAGACAGUCAUGAGCUUUGCAGUUUUCUAUGAAGGGAGGCAGACACCUGUACCAAGACAAGUCCCGAUCCAUUCUCCUUUCCUGAUGUGAGCACCCUGAGACAACGUCCUGCUGUAAAAGGCCGGGUGUGCUGGGCACAGGGGGACAUUACCAGUGCUAUGGUGCAUCUCUUCUCUAGUCCAAAUCAUUUCAGAUCCUUUGUAGAAUAGCUCACGACUUGGAAAAGCUUUAUGGCUUAUGGAAACUUACUUGUUUAAUGUUGUUUUUUUCCAGGAAGACUGGCAGGUCAGUUCCUGCUUGCUGCUGAAACUAGGGAAAUGCAAGCAGCUUGCAUUUCUGCGUGACUCCUCCACAAAGGGAAUCAGGACAACUCAGAUCCGUUGAGAGAGAUUACCUUAAGGGCAUUCAUUAAGGUUUUUGAAUAAAAGUUUUUUUAAAAAAUUAUGACAUUCAGUAUAUUAAGUAUUUAUCAUGUGUGAGAAGGAAAAUAAAUCUUGAAUUUACAUUUAUAAGCCUUCCCAUGAGCUGGACUUAGUCAUGUAGAUUGUGUAAGUAGGGUUUCCUCAGUGCCAGCACCCAGCUAGCUCCCGCUGUAACCAGAGAGGUCUCUGCACUGCUCUGUCCACCUCCGCUUCGCAUUGUCACGUGUUAACUAGUUACUUGUUUCAUGAAAAAAUAAACUGUGAAUAUUUUUGGUGCAGGCUUUUUUAAAUCUGUAAAAUGGAGAAGUUCUCAGUGAAUUCUCACAAGAGCAGGUUUGAAAAAAAAAUGAAUUCUAUAAAUCGCGGGCUCGCGUAGCAGGGUGAGGCUCGUGGCAGCCGCCUUUCAUGCCAGCAGGUGCUUACCCAAAAGCUUGUUUGGAACAGUGAAUGUGGAUUAAACAGUUGCAUGGCAUUUCCCACAGCCUACUUUGUUGCAGCUAUUGUCUCUGUUCUUGUCUCCCUUUUCCACAAGGAUCCAGGUUUCUGGCUUGCUGCCUUGCAGCUGCUGUUGGAAAGUUGAGUUCAGCAUAGCUCGGAGGCUGCUUGGCAAAACUGGUGUUGAGGAACAUCGUUGAAGGAAGAAGCCAGGAAGCUGCUCUUCCCUCUUUGUCCUCACUGGAGCCCUGGGUGGUGGUCUAUCAGAUCAGGGGGGCUUUUCAGAGGGAGUAGUAGUGUUUUUGGGAGUGUCAGGGCUGUUGUGUGUCACAUAGACAAGGCCUGACCAGCUGUAGAGAAAGGUCCUAGCAGCCCUGCCCUUGUCCAGCCUGCCCUCAUCAGGGAGCUUGAGCUGGGGAACCGCUUCAGGCAGCAAAACCCUUCCUUGUGAAGGAAACACGGGCAUCUUCUGUACUCAUGGUGACUCACUGAGGUGGCAGCUGGCAGCACUGCCUUGGAGGAGGAGAGGGACAUGUCUGUGUUGAAGCAGUUGAGUUUGUUUGCUGCUGUUUGCUGUUGCCUUCAGAAUUCAGCCAGUUUGAAUCGUGAGGGAUUUUAAAAGUAGAUGGUAGAGGCAAAGUAACCCAUACCCCUGGCAGACUCUGAGAGAGAGCCGCUGCUGCAGCCUCGUGCUGGGGUCACACCUGUGCAGCAGCUUCAUGCCAAGGCUGUGAUGCUCUCUUGCUGUGUUGGAGGGAUACAAUCCACCUGGUCAUUUAGUCCUGGGUCAGCCCUAAUUGCACCUAAGGUGGGUGAGAGGUGACUUCUGUGUUGAUUCACUGGUGUGGAGCACUGUAGAAGCAGAGUCAAGGGUGUAAUUAUCUCUGUCCCUUCCCUGGUGUCCCACGAUGGCUCACAGGAAUUUUCCAGACUCAUUCCCUCUUCCCAUUUCUGAAGGAGAUGCAGGCUCUGCUCAUAUAUAAACACUUUGCUGGUCAACAUCCUGCUGCCAGGAAAACUGCUGCCCCUGCUCAGAGCAGUGGGCUGGGGUCAGUGGCCAUGACCUCCACCCCACCUCCGGACCCACUUUAGUGUUGGAUUUCCACUGUGGGCAGGAGAGUCCCAGCUGCCCUUUGGUGACAGAGGAGCUCUGAUGAGGGAUAACAGCGUGGUCAGGGCCUUGUGCCCCCCUCGGGAUGAGGGUUGCAGAGGAGGAGCCACCACAGGACCUGUGGGAUGUGUGGGCAGGAGGGGAGCAGGCACGGGCCAGUGUCCUGGGCCACUUGUCCCAUCUUCCCCGGUGCCCACUGUCAGCCAGGGCUCUGGUGAAUCUAGCAGGAGAAUUGUCACUGGAAGGAAUAAUCACCUCACCUACUGCACAUCUCCAGAUACAAAUUAGCUCAUGAUAGCUUGCUUUAUUGCUAUUCUCCAGUUAAACUUUUCCUAUUUAACAAAAAAAAAAUCUCACCCGGAAUCAGAGUCACUUCAAUACACAAAGCAUCUGGGUGGUACCAUGGGAGCACGAGUUAAUUCAGGGUUAAACCCCUGCAGGCAGAGGCUCUGAAGGUGUGGCUGGUGUUAAAAUUCGGGAGAUAAGAGAGAUGGUUGAAUGUAAAGGACAUUAAAGAACUAAGGUGAGACGGUGCGUUUGCUAUAAAAGCUUCAGCUAUGUUUCACAGAAAAAAAAAAGAAAAAGAAAAAGCGGCCCUGACCUUGAUGCUCUUGGCUCUGUGUUAGCCCUGAGCGUGCUGUGGGUGUGCCCAGCUCCAGUCGGGACACCACAGCCAGUGUUGUGACGGCAGGGGGAGUUUGAGAAACCUCAGACCUUCAACACCUUCCGUUUAUUUUUAAUUUCAGCCUUAACUUCUGAUUUUGCUUGAUGUUUGGAAUAACCAUAAUUGUAACCUGCUUGUAAAGUGCUUUGCCCUAAAUUACUGAUGAGGCUUUCGGCCUUUGCUAGCCAGUGAGUGUUAAAGCAAAGUGGCAAAUUGUGCAGCUACUCUGAAAGUAUGGGGGGAUGCUGUGUUUGAUCUCCCAGGCUUUGCCCGCGCUAAUUACCCACCCUCCUGUGAUAGUGAUAACGCUGGUAGCAGCAUUUGCAGCCGAGGCUGCUCCUCUUGCAGCAGCACAGCUGGGCUGAUGGGUGCUUGGGGCUCCCAGGGCCUGGGACACGGGACACUGGAGCUUGGGGACUGCUCUGCCACACACCUGGCUUCAGCAGGAGUCUCAGCUGUGGGAUGGCAGUGCCCUUGCUUAGCAGGAGAUGGGGGAAUGCAAGAUUCCUGCUCCGGGUCCUGCAAAAGUGAUGUAAGCAAAGUUUGGUGCCGGGGCGGGGGGGGACAGGACAGAUUGUGUGAGCUUGGGCUGGAGGAGCAGCAGUGAUGGACAGUCCCUACAGCACUGAAUCUACCUCCUAGGGAAAUCUGAGAAAUGGGUGUCACUAUGGCCUAUUUCAAGGUAAAGUUUUAAUCAAGUUUGCCCUUGGCUAAGCCCUUGGGCUAUUGUGGUGCUAUUGUAAACCGUUGGCAGCUUAGCACAGUAGGGCUGGACUCAUGGCUCCUGGCCCACGGGCUGGGGCUUCUUGGCCAGCUGAUCCCAUCCCCCUGGAGCUGGGGCCGGGCUUCAGCACGUGUGACUGAAACAGGACAAGGAGUGACUCGGUUCCUUCAGUUUAUGGUGGUUUUGAGACUCAAACCAGUGUGUCACUGAGCCCCAUGGGGAGCCCAUGGAGCCACGUGAAGCAAGCAGGCAUCUGCUACUGCAUGUUCUUUGUGUCUGUUUGGUACUGAGCUGGUUUCAGUUUUUGUUUCUUUUUCUGAUGUUUCCGAGUUGUUGACUUCAAAGAACUGGGUUUUGUGUAUUCUUUUACACACUGGGAACUUGUUAAAAGGAAAAGCAGCAAGCACUGGGAGGCUCAAGGUGGAGCGUGGCUGGAGCUGAGGGUGGCCCCGGCUGGCGUGGGUGGGAGGUGAGAUGUGUUGGCAGCAUCGGGAGCAGGCAGGGAGUGGCUCUCCCUGCGAGGGGCCAUGGAAGCCUUUCAGCAGUGGAGCUCCCAGCCCUGCAUAUCCUUGGUGCAGAGCACUGCCCCACCAGCCUGCUCGUUCCCAAGACACCGUGUUGGGCACCGUGCCUCGCUUUUAACGUCCCCUGCCACCCUCAGCACUGUGUGCUCUUAGCUGGGGUCCUGGCUGCCAGCGAGCCGAGGGCCCUGGGGAGGGUGGCUGCCCACUGCCCCUUUCUCACUGCCCGGGGACAUGGGGAGCCACUCGUGGCAGCAGCGUAAGUUGUUCUGGAGCCGUGAGUGAGAAGUUUGCUUGUGGGAGGAACAGAAACUUGGUGUGAGCAGCCCCACACUGCCUUCCUUCCCCUCUGAGGUCUGCUGCUCGCAGUGGCAGCGAAUGGGGGUCCCCCACAGACUCCCGUUCUGCAGGCUCAGGCAGAGGGAAACACACCAGGAGUCAAAGAUCCCAGCCAAGGCAGGAGCCGGAGCUGGAGCACUGCAGGGGGGACAAGGGGGUGCUCAGCCCUGGCCAGGAGUCGUCUGUCAGUUGUAAGAAGGAAUGCCAGAGCAGGUGAGAGAAAACUACAUAUUUCCAGCAUGUAUAUUAUUUUUAGAAGAGGGAGAGGGGAGAGUCUUGGACCAUUGAUUACUUUCAUUUUGCUCCCCUUAGACUGUUGGCUGUGUAUGUGAAACUUAUAAUGAAAAGAGGGUUGCCCUGCCCAGGUGCUCCCAGAACAUGUACUGUAAUUCUUUGUAUAUAGAAGAAAAAUUACUGUAAAGUAAAGUUUAACUUUACUCUCGA